AGGUCCGGCAGCUCCUGGUGGAGGUGGUCCGCCAGCAGCAGAAGGCCGCCCUGCGUCCCCCCGAGCACUCAGUCGGCCGCUCUCUGGCAGACCCUCCUCCGGACACCCAGGGACGCUUCCUCAACUCGCUGCUCUUCGGCGACGGACCGGCGGACCCGUACCUCCAGGACGGCAUCAGCUUUCUGCAGAACGUCAACAGGCUGGACCGGCGCCGCUGCGUGCCCCGCCUGCUCUGCUCCGCCGUCUCCGGCAUCUUCACCGGCUUCGGCAGACCGACUGGGAGCGGCGCGACGCCGGCCCCGCCGACUGUCAGUCCACCGGCUCCCCCUACUGUCAAACCACUGCCACCGGCACCCCCUACUGUCAGACCACUGCCACCGGCUCCUCCAACCAACAGACCUCAGCCACCGGCUCCUCCCACCAGCAGACCUCAGCCGCCGGCUCCUCCGACUAACAGACCUCAGCCGCCGGCUCCCCCUACCAACAGACCUCAACCUCCCGCGCCGCCUCCAUCCCCGAUACCCCUGCCUCCAGCGCCAGUCACAAGGCCCACUACUCGGCCUGCGCCGCCCCCCACCAGACCUCCGGCGCCGCCGCCGCAGCCCCCAGCGCCGCCGACCUCACGGCCACAGCCCCCGGCGCCGCCGACCUCACGGCCGCAGCCUCCAGCGCCGCCGACCUCACGGCCGCAGCCCCCAGUGCCACCCCCGGUGACGCCGCUGCCCCGUCCGCCCGUCAUCCUGCCGCCGGCGCCCCCCGUCGGCGGUCCGCCGGCGCCCCCUGUGGGUCCGCCGGCGCCCCCUGUGGGUCCGCCGGCGCCGCCCGUAGCUCCGCCGGCGCCGCCCUCCGACGCGCUCCGCCAGAGCCCGGACGCGUUCUUUGAGAGGCCGAUCAACACUCUGGCGUUCGGUCCGCCCGAGGUGGGCCGCAGCCUGGACUUUGGCCGGCCGGCCCGGUUCGACCCCAGCUCUCGUAGGGUGUCGGUGUUCGCCGACGACACGCCGAUCCUGGCUGACGACCUCGGCCUGACGCCGGUCCAGUCGCGCCACUCGCUGCCGCGCGGCCCCAACGAGCUGGGCGGCUCAGCGCCGCCGACCCGCGGCUCCGGCAGGGUGCUGUUUAUCGACCCCAGCGGGCCCAGCCAGAGCUCCGGGUUCGGGCCGCCGGUGACCGCUGCCAGGGAGGUGUUCCGGGUCGGCGCGCCGGGGCCGCGGGACGCGCCUGUGGGCCGGUUCGGUCAGCCGCGGACCGGCGGCCGGGUGCGGUUCGAGGAGGAGGUCGUGUCGGGUCGCUCGGCGGGCCGGCCCGUGUCGGCCGAGGAGCUGCUGUUUCCGGACGAGUUCCGGGCGCCGGCACUGCCAUCUGGCGGCCGGCGCACGCUGCGCCAGGCCACCCGACCGCCCUCUACCGGGCGGAUACGGUUUCCCGAGAGGAGGCGGAAGAAGAGGACCGUGCCGAUCAUCAGCGGCUUCCUAAGGAUGCUGACCACGCUGGCCCAGCCGAGCGCGUUCUCGCCGUUCACCACGGCGGCUCUGGACGGCAGCACAGCCGGCUCUCGGCAGGACUGCGCCCGGCUCUACCCGCAGUGUCCCGUCAACACACGACCCGGCGACAGCGAGUUCCUACACAUCUUCAACAACCUGAACCAGUACGCGCCCGGGCUGCAGGACGCGCUGGGCUCGCAGCUGCUGAACAGCGUGCCGGCGCUGGACGCGUUCCGUGUGAGGCAGCGGCGGGAGGCCAGCGGCCGACGCAGACGGAGGGGGGAGGCCAGCGGCCGGCGCAGACGGCAGCUGAGCAGGCGCCUCUGGCGGCGGCGGAGAUAGACCUCUGAGAGACAGACACCGGCGCAGAGACCGGCACAGACCGAGAGACUGAACUGGCCGGCAGUCUGAGGCGGAGACAAGAGCCGGGUGCACUCGAGAGGAGCGGAGUGUAGACUUCAGCCCGGUGCACUCGAGAGAAGCGGAGUGUAUACUUCAUGAGGAGCCUCAAGGAAGGACGAGUGCCUUUCAUUUUACAGCUUAUUUGGAUUGAAACAGAAAACAUCGUUGUGCCCGAAAGUGCUGAAUUUGUCAGACGAAGGACAGUUUCGAAGGUGCCAUAACCUGUUAGGUGAUGUUAACGAUGCUGCCAUCCAAUUUGUUGUCUCUGGUUGGCAGUUGCUUUGGCUUAUUGCCAUCGCAGUUCGCACAUUUUUACAUUUGAUUUACAAAGCGAAUGUACCCGUUUUAGUUAUUAACUGAUAGGCACGUUUCAACGGCGAAGGGACUGUUUUUAUAGUUUUUUUUUUUAGUUUUAUGUUAUCGUUGUCGCAGCUGAAUGCAUGAAAGCUGCUAACCUAUAGGGAACGUAUGGUCAUUUUUUUAUUGGUGUAACCAAAUAACGUUAUAAUUGGCCUUAAUAGUGAAUCAUAUCCAAAUGCUAUACAUAUUUUAUAACUGGACCUAACAGACUCUGAUCGGGUCUCGUUAAACUCUAAGGGGUUACUCGGAAAUCGUAAAAGAGACGUUUUCCCUAAAAUAUAUUUGGGGUGUUCCUCCAUUCCAACUAUAAUCUGAGGCCAAUUCAAAGAUCCUAAAACAAAACGGCUUUCAAAAGCAACAGGGCCUUAUGUGCUAAACCUUGUAAAGAUAAUAUAAAUUGCUCUCGCGUUGUUGACGAGCAAUGAACCAGCUCGUCCAAAAUCGUCAAAACCGGGAACAUCUGACCUAUGAUGACUUUUGGCAGCGUGCCCAGAAAAAACUAGAAUUAUUGCUGGUCAUUUCACGAUUUCUGACGACCUUUUUCUGCUACGAUCGGGACACGCAGCGCCGAUACACAUUGCCACAGCGCGGGCUAAUGACUCGACAAAAUAAACACCGCUUAAUUUCACGGGCUUAGGCAUAGCACUUAAGCUGAUAUCAGCAUAGAUAAAGGUAAAGGCGAGGAAUUAACUCCCCAUUUACCACCAGUCAAUAAAGGCCAUCCUCUAUUGCAGGCAUGCAGCAAAUCUUAUUGACAGGGGCCUAUUCAGCGGAUUAUAUACGGGGCCAUUGGAAAUCGGAUGGCGGAAGGGGAGGAGAAGGGUCAGAGGCGAGAUAAUCGCGGCUUACUUCACUAGCUCGAGGAGCUGUUUGGAAAAUUGGGCAAGGUUCUUACGCAUUCUUCCUUAUUGCAAAGGCGCGUUAAUAAGGAGAAGGUUAUGGUUUUCAUGAGACAAUACGCUUUAGGACUGAGUGUCUAGCCGUACCCGGACAUUUGAUGCAGCUGAUGCAGCUCCUGCUUGAGAGCAGUUCAGAUGGUCGUGCCGUUGUGAUACUGUGCUGUUGGGCUGAGAGGUGUAGUCGUUGUGAACUAGUGAUUCGGCAAUGUAGGUCGAUAUGGACUGGUGGUUCGGUACUGUAGGUCGGCGUAAACUGGUGAUUCGGUGCUGUAGAUCGGGGUAAAAUGGUGACGACUCCCUACUGUCCGCCGAUGUGAAUUAAUUUUACGAAACUGUUGGUUGGUAUGAAUGGCCAUACGACGCUUUCGGGCCGAGAGGUUGGUCUGUGUGAACGAUAAGUGAUAAUGCUAUGCUGUUGUGCCGAGAGGUAGCUAUGCCUGCCGAGAGGUAGUCAAUAGGUUGCUAUGUAUGCAUUGUUGCAGCUGCUCCGGCGCUGUCAGACGGUAUAGUUCGGUGUGCACCGUGAUCUGCAGCGACAUCUGAAUGUCCCGCGUAUCAGCCGUAUUGCUGAUACAGCGCUGGUGGAUCCGCCCGCUGCCAGGCGCCCCACGAGGGGCGGUCGGUGACCGUGUUAUGGUGUUUGGUCCGAUUUUGUGGUCCAUUCGUAGCACGGGAUGGCCCAGAGGAGACGCCGCGCAUGAUUCCUGUAUGUCGCGGACAGCAGCGCACUUUUGCAGCCGUGUGAUCGAUCAGAAAGUGCUGGUUUUAAUUUUAAGUCGUUACUGAACCGUGCGAGUGUAUGAGGAGGGGAUGUGAUGUCUCCUAGUCGAGAAAAGACAGCGCUGUUCCGCAGCCUGCGUUACCAAAGUAAUACCUGAAUGACUGUAAUGUGUGUGUUAUAAUAUAAUUAACAUGUUACUUC